UUAGCAGAUUCAAUUCAGGAAAUCCAUGGAUUAGAGAGCAGCACAAACCUGACUGUUGGGAUUCUUUGUCGCCUCGAAGUGGAACCUCCUGGAAACAACUACACAUUGAUUUUGCAUGUGAAACAUCGUGUUCCAUUGGUGACAGGUGGCGACCGAGCGUACCUUCUGCAGUGCUACAUUGGGAAACCUUCAGAAGACCAAGAGUUAACCGCAGAUCUCGGUGUUAUGAAAGGAGAGCUGAUGAUUGCCGAGACGAUCUCGUUGUUGACGGUACCGCCGACAUGUGCCUACUCGAUCCGGAAGGAUUCGCCCAAUGGCACCAUUGUGAAAACAGCAUUCGUCGGCGAGACUGUGUAUCAUCGAUGGGAAUGCGAUGGAGGAGAAGGUAGGCGAACAACGUUUACGGUAUCCAAAUUCAUAGCUGUUUCGCUAGUGAACGAUGUCGACAAAAGGUUCCCGAUCGUGGACAGCCGAGGUUGUUCCUCCGAUUUGACACUGCUAUCAGAUCCACAGUACUCAGACGAUAGCCUUACUGCCUAUGCGGAAAGUAAAGCGUUCGCCUUCACAGAGGCAGAACAGCUGAAAUUCGUCUGUAAACUCAGUCUGUGCACAAGGGACGGAGACGGUUGUGAAGGCGUUACGCCUCCAGCUUGUGGUGGGAACUCCCCUGAUCAGUUGGUAACGCGACGGGUUCGCCAUCAAGGCUCCGCCAUGGAAGGAGCGCUCAGCUCCGCCCUCACUACCAAGGUAGGUGUGUCCUCGAGCAUACCGUCUACCUUCAAUGGCCGCGUAGCGGAAAUGCUGUCGUCCGGAGGCUCAUGGAUACUUCUGGCUUUGCUAGCCGUGAUAGCGACUAUCGGAACCGUGGUUCUUUCUCGAUAUGCUCUUUCGUCGAUAGAUGCCUCAACGACCUGUUCGGAUCCGGAGACAGUGACUUCUCCUCCAACGUCGCCGUUUCCCUCGCUGUUCUCUUCGCCUUCUCCACCUAUAUCACCUAUCCCGCGAGUGAGCUCCCCGCCAACGUCGUCCAUCUCGUCCCCUGUCCCUGCGGAUUCGGCGACCCGAGAAGAAUUUGCUACCUCCACAAUUAAUGAGGAGGAGUCUGUACAAGGAGACAUUGUGCAGUCUCCCAGCGAAGCAGCACCCUCGUCUGACGAACCAGUCACUUCACCGCCGUCAGCCGAUCGACGGCCGUCACGGGCGGAGAUGAAUCAGCGAUUAGCCGCCUUUCUCGCAGAUUUUGAUCGAUCCAAAUAUGUCUAG